UUGAAAUGAAAGUAGAGAAUUAAAAAGACAAAUUGUGAAGACCCACUGAAAAUGGUCUGAGUCAUGGACUUGAAAUCCCAGUCCACUUUGUAGCACACUGACGAGCCAGAUGAUUUCUUCCUCAGGAAGUGUACCAGGUCUGCAAAAUAUUGGUCCCCAAUGUGUGGUUUCCAGCUGAGCAGCAGCAGCAUUUGGGAAUUUGUUGGAAAGGCACAAUUUUGGAGCCCUAAUGCCCAGCCUUCUGAAUCUGAUACUCUGAGGGUGAUGCCCAGCAAUCUGUAUUUUAGCAAUUCAUCCAGCUGACUAUGAUGCAAGCAAGUUUGAGAACCACUGCUCUAAAAUAUAUAUUUAAUACCAUAUGAUUUUGAUUUUCCUGCUAAUUUGCAGAGUUCAGAAAAUUCUUAAGAAAAAAUAUGUGCCAUUUGAUAUUAUAUUCAUGUUAAUUGACAAAUGUGGAAAAAGAGUAGGGACUUAAAAGUAUUUAGGAAGAUGUGGUAGAAGAGGUGAAAGGAGGACAGGGAGAAAUGAGUGUGUAGGAAGAAAGAGAACAGGGAGGGAAGGAGAGAGAAAAGGAAAGAGGAGAAAGAGGAGGAGAGGAGAGAGAGAGACAGAUACAGAGAGAGAGAACCACAGGAACAAUUUAUAAUAUUAAUUUUAUUUCACACUACAGAUUAGAGUGUUUCUGUAACAUAAUGGACCUUUGUACGUCCAUUGUAUAUCUCAACUCUAUUCUUUCCAUCAGAAUCAUCAACAAACAUGGAAUCAGAAAACCAAACAGGCUUAGCAGAAUUCCUCCUCCUGGGCCUCUCAGAGAAUCCAGAACUGCAGCCCCUUCUCUUUGGAAUGUUCCUGACCUUAUACCUGAUCACUGUGGCUGGGAACCUGCUCAUCAUCCUGGCCAUCAGCUCAGACUCCCACCUCCACACCCCCAUGUACUUCUUCCUCUCCAACUUGUCCUUCAGUGACAUCUGUUUCAGCACCACUACGGUCCCCAAGAUGCUGGUGAACAUUCAGACUCAGAGCAAAUCCAUCAGUUACACAGGCUGCCUCACCCAGAUCUGCUUUGUCCUUGUUUUUGCUUCUUUGGAAAAUUGUCUCCUUGCAGCAAUGGCCUAUGACCGCUAUGUGGCCAUUUGUCACCCACUAAGGUGUACAAUCAUCAUGAACCCCCACCUCUGUGGCCUGCUGAUUCUACUCUCCUUGCUCAUUAGCAUCAUGAGUGCCCUGCUCCACAGUCUGAUGGUGCUGCGUCUGUCCUUCUGCAUAGACCUGGAAAUCCCCCAGUUUUUCUGUGAACUUCCUCAAGUCCUCAAGCUUGCCUGUUCUGAUACCCUCUUUAAUAACGUCUUGCUAUAUUUUAUGACUAGUAUUUUGGGUGGUGGACUCUUCCUUGGGAUUUUUUUCUCCUACAUGCAAAUUGUCUUUUCCCUCAUGAAAAUGCCGUCAAUAGGUAGAAUGUAUAAAGCUUUUUCUCCCUGUGGAUCUCACCUCUCAGUUGUUUCCUUGUUCUACGGGACAGGUUUUGGGGCAUAUCUUAGCUCUGCAGCUACUCUAUCCUCUAGGAAGAGUGCAACUGCAUCAGUGAUGUACACCGUGGUCACACCCAUGCUGAACCCCUUCAUCUACAGUCUAAGGAACAAGGACAUAAUGGGCACUUUGACAAAACUAAUCUCUAGAAUAUCUUCUUUUCAUUAAUGCAUCACAUGCUUUGGGCUUAAGCUGUUGGAAUAUGCUUGAGUGAAAUAAAUAAUACUGAUUCAUAGAACCUGAUUAAGUUCUUUGAAUAGUAGGAGUUCAGAAAUUAUAAUGGUUAAGGGUGAAAAUUUGGAGUCAGAACACUUGGGUUCGAAUUAUACCUCUUCUCUGUAAUAGCUGUGUGAACUUUGUAUAUUUAUUUCAGCUUUCUAAGUUCAGUUGGAAGGUCCCUAGGUGGUACAAAUGGUUUGCACUCAACUGCUAAAUGCUGGUGGUUCAAAUCUACUCAGAGAUACCAUAGAAGAAAAGUUCUGGCAAUCUGCUUCUUUAAAGUUUAAAGCUAAGAAA